GGGAGUCCCGAGAGCAUGAGGAGCCAACCACGUCGGAGAUGACAGAGGAGACCUACCCGCCCAAGGCCUACCGGCCCAAGCAUGGGCGCCUCUCCGAGCUGAAGGCUGAGGCCCUGAAGAAAGACCGCCGGAAGAAGCUGACCCUGGCCAAGUUUGUGGGCAUGGCUGAGAACACAGCACACCCCCGCGUUGUCAUCCCCGAGCUCCGGCAAGAGUUUGAGCUGGGCCCCUGCCGCAGGCACAUGGAGGCGUCCCUGCAGGAGCUCAAGAGCAGCCAGCGGAUGGUCCCUCGUGCUGUCCACCUCCCCAACUGUGACCGAAAGGGCUUUUACAAGAGGAAGCAGUGCAAGCCCUCCCGAGGCCGGAAGCGUGGGUUGUGUUGGUGCGUGGACAAAUACGGCAUGAAGCUGCCGGGGACUGACUACCUGAGCGGAGACCUGCAGUGCCAUGCGUUCGACAGCAGCAACGUGGAGUGAAGUCGCAUCCCCUCCCUCCGCCCCAUCACUACCUACCCAGGCUCCCUUCCACCCUCCCCUCUGCACCUCCCCGCGCCCCGGGACUCCGAUUCCUUUCAUCUCAUGUAAGAAGAAAAAAAGAAAGGAAAAGAAAAAAGAGAAAGGAAGGAAAAAGGGAAAAAAGAGAAAGGGAAA